CGCUAGAGCUAGGCGCAUGCGUAGGUCGAAUCAUCAAAAAUGGCGGACGACCAAACUGGCGGAGUGCAUGAUUUUUUCGUAGAACUUUUUACCAGUCCACUUAAUUGUGUUCUGUUAGGCAUUUGUGGGUUCCUGUUAUACAAAAUAAUAUCGAACAGACGAAAAGAUGCAGUGCCACCGGCACCUCCCCCGUUGCCAAGGAUGAAAAAAAGAGAUUUUACUCUAGAGCAACUGCGAGAAUUUGACGGCAAGGGUAGAGACGGCAGAUUGUUGGUAGCGGUUAACGGGAAAGUGUUUGAUGUUACGAGAGGGAAGCGAUUUUAUGGUCCAGAUGGUCCAUAUGGGUUGUUUGCUGGACGUGAUGCGUCCCGUGGCCUGGCCACCUUUUCCCUAGAUACAGAAAAUGCCAUACGUGACGAGUAUGAUGACUUGAGUGACCUGAACUCCAUGCAGAUGGACAGUAUUAGGGAGUGGGAGAUGCAGUUCACAGAAAAAUACGACUAUGUUGGUCGGUUGCUAAAACCCGGUGAGACUCCACGUGAAUAUUCUGACACAGAGGAUGAAACUGACAAAUCCAAGGAUGCAUAGACUGAGCACAGCCCCUUCAUGAUGUAUAUUAUAUAUGAACUGUGUUCAGCAAGUGUCAUCAAAAUUGUGUAUUCUGAAGAGCCUGUUGGCCUAGCUGGUAGCGGUCAUCAUGUGUAGAUCCCUGUUGACAGUAAAAAGAAAGUAUUUUGGUUUUAUAUUUGUUUUCACUUCACAGCUAAAUUAAUGUGUCACAAAGACAAACAACUGCUUUUAAAAUUGUCAGACAGUCCACCGCUUAGGUACAUUGCCUGUUAGGUGGCCUGUGUGCAGAUGUUAUCCAAAAUUCCAUUUGUUUUGGUAAAAGCAGGCAUAAAGCUAUGUUAGCAUAGUAUUUUUUUUUCAGGCAUAUAAAAAAUCAGUUCUUAUUUAAACCAAAGUAAAUUUAACUUUUUCAAAAAUGUUUCAAAGCUUAAAUUAAGGAUUCUUGUACAUUUCAGUGAAACAUUGUGGGGGAAAAAGUCACCAAGUUUAUUUUAUGCAACAAACAUUUUCUAGUGUGUGUGAUGACCAAUGCUCUUUUCUGUUAUAAGAACCACAUAGGUGCACAAGUCACCUUUAGCUGGCUAUCAGUUAAGAGCUACCCAGCUAGGCUUUUUAAGAGGGGAUCAGAGGUCAGUGAACAGUUGGGAUUAAUGAGCUUUAUUAUCCAUUCAGAGCAGUGAUAUUGCUUGCAUUUGCUUUAAAGGUGGUGCCUGGCGACACACUUAGCAUUUUCGUCUCUAAGGCAGUUUGUCAUAAAUCUGGAUAUGAAAUAAUCAAAUGUUUUGUAUUCUUAUUUAAGCCACAUAAAUAUAUUUUGGCAACAAUAUUGGAAUUAAAUUUUGGGUGCUAGCUUGGGAUCAGGUGUACAUACCAUGGCAAGCUUUAUGGACUAAGACCAAACGUGAUUUCUUUUCUUGUGGCAUAUCUCGUUUUUUACUCUUGUUUAGGCUUGCAAAAGAAACUGAUCAUCCCUGAAAUAUCACGUUUUCAUUGGCAGCCAAAAGCUUUAGAAAAUUUCCAUUUAAUUCAGUACAGAAACAUUAUGUCAAUAUAAUUAAUGUAUAGCCUUAAAAUGUAAUCUGAUAUGUUUAGAUUCUUCCAAUUAGUUAAAAAAAGGUGCUUUAUUUAAACGAGCAUCAAAUGCUGAGAGGUAUUCAUGAAAGAAACUUUUCUUUUCUUGAAAUCCGAUAUUGUUACAGUAGUAAAUAGAAAAUGAAAGCUAAUUAUUGAUAUUGCAUUUAAUGAUGUUAAAAACCCUGAUUUGAAAAAAUCUUAGCUGACAUGAAUAAGACUUGCAUAAGGAAAAGGAACCCCUUUCCAUUUUUUUUCUGCACUCGCUAAAAUUCAGGUAUUGAUAUCAAGGUGAGAUAAAAGCAAAUAACAUAUUUUAAAAACUAGUUUUAAACAAACAUUGGCCUUAAACGUUAAUGCAAUGGAAGAGUAUGUAAUUGAUGUUAUUUAUUUGCAUCUUUUUAAACGAUCUAACAAUUUUUCAAACAUGCACUGCAUUAAUCCAAAUACCUGCAAAAAUGUGUUUUUCAUGUAUGUUGCACAAAUUUAUGUUUUCUGGAAUAACAAUAGCAGACCAUCUUGUAUAUAAAAUUAAUAUAAACUUUUUAGUUUGGAAUGUGUAGCAUUUCAUCAGUGCAUGUGUAUGUAUUUUGUAUACCAGUGAUUAAAGUUGUUAGUAUUCUUCUGACAAUCCUGCUCCCAAGAAUUUUGGGUGAAAUAUGCUGUCUUGUUAAACUUGGCAUACAUUCAACCAAUAGUGAAAUGUCCAAUUAUUGAAAGCAACCUUUGAAAAACAAAAUUAAUAAUGUAUUAGUAUAAAUAAAGGUUAUUUUUUAUGAUGAA